AUGGGAUAUCAUGUUGGUGUUGAUCAUAAUGGUAAUGGGAUAAAUGAUAAUGACACUAAUAUUGAUGAUGCGAAUGAGGAUGACAAGUUGGAAAGGUUACAGGUUGCGAUGGGGUUUGAUGGAUUGUAUUCUGUCGAUGUGAGAGUUCAUAGUGGUGGGGUGGCCAUGCUUUGGUGUAAUAAUGACGAGUGUUUAACAACGCUUUAUGGAGAACCUAAUAGAGCUAUUAGGCAUAAAACAUGGGAUUUAUUGAGAUCGUUAAAGUCAAAAUCAUCCCUUCCUUGGUGUAUCAUUGGUGAUUUAAACUAUACUACUAGUCGUGCAGAGAAAAGAGGAGGAAAUAGAUAUCUGCAAGUGCUGGUGGAUGGUUUUAAUCAAGCUUUGUCUGACUGUGAUCUUGUUGAUAUGGAGUUAAUUGGGUAUCCUUACACUUGGGAGCGUGGGAGAGGCACUGAUUCAUGGGUUGAAAUUCAUCUUGAUCGAGCUCUUGUUUGUUCUAACUGGUUCCAGAGGUUUCGUAUGGCUCAGCUGCAUAAUCUAGAAGUAUCUGCUUCAGAUCAUUGCCUGAUGCUUCUUGAACCGACGGUGCGUUCUGUGACGGUGCCAUUUCAUCAAUUCUAUUUUGAAAAUGCCUGGCUUCGUGAACCGCUGUGCGGCCAGGUUGUUAAAGAUAGUUGGGACCUUUGUGAAGUUACUUCUAGAAAGAAACAAAAUACUAUAACUCAGCUUAUGAAUGAUGUGGGUCACUGGGUUACAUGGGAGGAUGUGUUGCGGAAUGUUAUGGUUGAUUAUUUCAAAAACUUAUUUACUUCAAAUGUGGCUGAUUACUCAACUGUGGUAGAGGAGAUUACUUCUUCAAUUACUCUGGAUCAUAAUUUGUCUUUACUUAGGCUAAUUUUGGAGGAAGAAGUUAGAAGAGCUCUGUUUAGUAUGUGUUAG